AUGUCGUCUUUCAGCCCGACUCAGAUCUUCGCAGAUGGCACGACCGAGGAGAAGGGCGAGAACGCUCGCCUCUCUGCCUUUGUCGGCGCCAUCGCCGUCGGUGACCUGGUGAAGAGUACGCUCGGCCCCAAGGGCAUGGACAAGAUCCUGCAAUCCGGCUCUACUGGUGAAAUCAUGGUUACAAACGACGGCGCGACUAUCCUCAAGUCCAUUGCUCUCGAUAACGCGGCCGCGAAGGUGCUUGUCAACAUUUCCAAGGUGCAGGACGACGAAGUCGGUGACGGCACUACAUCCGUGGCUGUUCUCGCCGCCGAGCUGCUGCGCGAGGCCGAGAUUCUCGUCAACAAGAAGAUCCACCCCCAGACCAUCAUUGAGGGUUACAGAUUAGCAAGCCAAGCUGCCCUGAAGGCGCUGGAGAACGCUGCCGUCGACCGCAGCAACAACCCCGAGGCUUUCCGCAAGGAUCUGGUUGCCAUCGCCAGGACUACGUUAAGUUCCAAGGUCCUUGCCCAGGACCGUGAUCAGUUUGCCGAGCUCGCUUGCGAUGCCGUCCUGCGCCUGAAACAGUCAUCGGACCUCAGCCACAUCCAGAUCAUCAAGAAGGCCGGCGGCAAGCUCAGCGAUUCGUACCUUGACGAAGGCUUCAUUCUCGACAAGAAGAUUGGUGUCAACCAGCCCAAGCGACUCGAGAAUGCCAAGAUCCUCGUCGCCAACACGUCUAUGGACACGGACAAGGUCAAAAUCUUUGGCGCUCGCGUCAAGGUCGGUUCGACGAGCAAGCUGGCCGAGCUUGAGAAGGCGGAGAAGGACAAGAUCGAAGGCCAAGAUGCCGGCAUCAUGUCGAUUGAGCAUGCCGACUUUGAUGGUAUCGAGAGGCUGGCGCUGGUCACUGGCGGCGAGAUCACUUCCACUUUUGACCACCCCGAGCAGGUUCAGCUGGGUCACUGCGACCUGAUUGAGGAGGUCAUCAUCGGCGAGGAUACUCUGGUCAAGUUCUCUGGCGUCGGCGCGGGCGAAGCUUGCACCAUUGUUCUGCGCGGUGCGACCGACCAGCUGCUGGACGAGGCGGAGCGCAGCUUGCACGAUGCCCUAGCCGUGCUGUCACAAACAGUCAAGGAGCCCAGGACAACGCUAGGCGGCGGGUGUGCCGAGAUGGUCAUGGCCAAGGCUGUUGAGGGCGCCGCCACCCGUGUCGAGGGCAAGAAGCAGAUGGCUGUGUCCAGUUUCGCCACGGCGCUCAGGCAACUGCCGACUAUUCUUGCCGACAACGCGGGUCUGGACUCGGGUGAGCUGGUGGCACGUCUUCGAAAAGCCAUUUACGACGGCAUGACCACCUACGGCCUCGACCUGAUGUCGCCUGGGGGUGGCGUUGCUGAUAUGCGGGAUCUUGGCGUCGUAGAGAGCUAUAAGCUGAAGAAGGCGGUGGUGUCCUCCGCAACUUCUCCUCCGAGUCGACGACAUUAUCCGCGCAGCGCCGAGGAGGCGGGAGCGCGCUUAGACGGGUGA